GUGGUCGCGGUCCCGAUGCGCCGGCCGCUGCUCCUGCUGCUGUGCCCGUGUGUGCUCGGGCUCCUCCUGCAGCUGUGGCUCCGCUCCCCCCCGCACCAUCCGCUGGUUAUCGGGGUCCUGUCCGCCCGGCAGCACCGCGCCCUCCGGGACACCAUCCGCGACAGCUGGCUCCAGGCUCUGCCCCCCGCCCGGAGGCCUCUGCUGCGCUUCAUCGUGGGCUCCGAGGCCUGCCCUGUGCCGCCCGAGGACCGGGAGGACCUGUACUCCUGCCGCCUGCUGAACAUCACCUCCCCCCUGAUCCACCGGGAGAUCGAGGCCUUCACCGGGCCGGAGCCCCCCCGCUCGUCCCCUCACCGCCAGCUCAGCGUCACCUUCCGGGUGUUACACCCGAUCAUCGUCACCCGGCUGGGGGCGUGGUGUCCAGGCCUGACCCGGAACCUGAGUGUACGUCUGUACCAGGCGGAGCACGAGGAGGCGCUGUGCGGAGCCCGUCUGACCCCGAAGAGCCACGGGGCCCCGCUCACCCAGGCCGGACUGUGCUACAAGCCGGUGGAGCAGUUCAUCCUCCCGGAGGGCUUCCACGGCACGGUGCGGUGGGACAGCCAUGACGCCGAGGGGUUGGCCAUGUGGGGUGUGCACCGGGUCACGCUGAACGAUGGCGGGGGCGUGCUGCAGGUGACGGUGGCCGAUGAGGGGCUCCUCCCCUACGACUUCUCUCAGGGGCCGGAAGGCAUCGCCGGCGGCUUCACUUACAUGGUCCACGAUGGCGAGCUCCUCCUCCAGCGACUCAGCUCCCGCCCCCUGCGCUUCGCCCAGCACCGCGCUGCCCUGGAGGAAGAAGAGGCGGAGCUGCUGGCAGAGAGCCACGCCCACAACGACAUGGUCUUUGUAAACGUUGUGGACACUUACCGCAACGUCCCCCGCAAGCUGCUGCUCUUCUACCGCUGGCUGGAGGCCGCCGCCAACUUCGACUUCCUGCUCAAGACGGACGACGAUUGCUUCAUCCACUUGGAUAAUGUGCUGCGGGCCCUGGAGAAGGUGCGGGGCCCCAACGCCUGGUGGGGGAACUUCCGCCUCAAUUGGGCCGUAGACCGGACUGGGAAGUGGCAGGAGCUGGAGUACAUGAGCCCCGCCUACCCCGCGUUUGCCUGCGGCUCCGGCUACGUCAUCUCCCGAGACAUCGUCCAGUGGCUCGCUGCCAACGCCGACCGGCUGAAGACCUACCAGGGGGAGGACGUCAGCAUGGGUAUCUGGAUGUCGGCCAUCGGACCCCGCCGUUACCAGGACGAUGGCUGGCUGUGUGAGAAGUCGUGUGACCGCACCAUGCUCUCUGCCCCGCAGUUCUCUGCGCAGGAAUUGUCUGAGCUCUGGCGGCAAAAACAGCAAUGCGGGAAUCCCUGCGAAUGUUCCAACACGUGACCAAAGACCACGCCCACUGAUGGUGACUGCGGGAUUCCAUCGGCUGCCACGGGGAGGGAUGGAGUCUUCUUUGUGUUUCUUCCAGUAUUUGGGGGUUAUCAGGGGCCACAGAAUUAUUUAACCCCAUUGAGGAUACACAAUAGAGGACUCUGAGGGGCAGAAGCCUUAUAUUUAUUAUAGUAGGAGAAUCAUAUGAACUGGGCGGAGUCUUAUAAUGCCCCUCCCCCUCAAAGUUUCUGCACUUUUUAUGACUGGACGUAUAUAUAUAUAAUAUCACAUAUAUUUAUUAAAGGGAUGAAUUUUCUUA